AAAGAAUGUGCGUUAAUGGUUAUUAACCUAAGUCGCACUUGACCUUUUUUUUAUCAAGUCGAAUCAAAGUGACAAUAAAUAAUACUUUCUCAUUCCAUUCGUUUAUUCCCCAUUACUCAAUUCAAAUUUCCAAAACUUAUUAUCUUAUCAAGUAUUUCUUUCAAAGAUAAAGUUGUCGGAGAAGGAGCCCGACACAAUACAAUUAGUUGUUACGUGUUGAUUAUGUUCAUCUAAAAAAACCAUGCAGAUUUUAUGUAUAUGUUUUUUACUACCGUUUGCUUUAUCAGAAUCGGGUAUCAACAAAAAAUGCAUUACACCUCAUGGAGCAAUUGGUACAUGUCAAGAAGCAACAUCCUGUCCUUUAUUCUUGAAGUAUCAUCAAUUUUCUAACAGUUCUGCUGUUAGGAAAUACUUCAAACAAUCCAUAUGUGGAGAAAGGUAUAAUAUGAAAUUGAUUUGUUGUGAUCAUAUUGACAGCAAUCCGUUUGAAGAAUGUGGUGCACAAAAAGAAGAAAAAAGUGCAACAUCAGAUGACAGUGCAAAGCAUUUUCCUUGGAUGGCAGCUAUUCAGUACAGAAAUGGAAAUGAAAAACCAGUUUUUAAAUGUCAGGGUUUCCUGAUCAACCAAAAUUUUAUACUGACAGCGGCUCAUUGUUUGAAAAAUUCCGGAAUCCAUUCUGUCAUUUUAGGGGUAUCCAAUUUAUCGAAUUAUGCAGAACAAGAAUCACAUAAGAAACUUAAGAUUUUGAAUGUGUCUUACCACGAAAACUACAAAGUUGCUGAUGACAUCGGUCUUAUUCGAAUUGAGUCAGUGAAGUAUGGAGAUAAAAUCCGUUGGAUAUGUCUUCCAAGCAAAAAUGCUCCUAUACCUGACUGGUUCACUGUUAGAGGUUGGGGUAUGAAUGAUGAGAAGUCUGUUUUCACCGUCACACGUCAAAAUUUUAUACCAUCGAUUUCCUAUUCCCACUGUCCACAUGCAUGGAGAAGAAAUAUAGACGAAAGUAAGAUAAUAUGUGCUGGUGGAGAACUCAAUAUGGAUGUGUGUGAUGGAGAUUCUGGAGGGGCCUUAAUGAAUAAGACUGAACUAGGAUGGACUGCAUUUGGUAUUGUAGCUUUUGGCUCCAGAGAUUGUUCAAGGGGCGAUCCGGGAGUCUAUACUAAAAUACAAAACUAUUUAGACUGGUUAGACAGAACUAUGAUUGAAAUGCUACAUUGAAAAAUGAAUAAUAUUCAACCAGUAUUUGAUAAAAAGUGUUCUAUGACUCACUAAAGAAGACCAUGAUUUGAUAUCCGAUACUGAAUCUUGGGAAUAAUAAACCAUCAUUAUUGUAAAUAAAACAAGUAUUAAGAAGUUUUUACGGUCUGUUGCUUUGAAACUUGUAUCAUAAUUAUAUUUAUUACUCACAAA